CGCCAUGACGGACGGCGGAAGAGCUAUUCUGUAGACGGACGGCAAGCCAAAUGGGUACGUGUUUGAGUUCGUUCUAGUAGUAAAAUGGUUAUUUCGUGUUGUGCCGUGGGCUGUGCUAAUAGACAGGGUAAAGCCAAUAUAUCUUUUUUAUCGAAUACCAUUUGAUGGGGAGAGAAGGCAGCGAUGGGUUGCUGCUAUCAGCCGAAAGGACUGGCAGCCCUCCAAGUACUCCAGGAUUUGCAGCGAGCAUUUUUUACAAGAAGAGUGAUGACCCUUUAUCCCCUGAUUAUGUGCCGUCAGUGUUUGCGCACACAAAGUCCCCCGAGAAGCGGCGAGCCCUGGGAAGUCUAGGGAAGUAUGAGGUCAGAGAGGCAAUGAAGAAAAAAAAGCGUCAGGCGUCGUCCAAACGUGAAGCUGCCAGGGCACUCCUCAAUCUGUCAGCUGAGAUGAAUGUGUUAUGUGAGGUUGAAGAGGAGAUUGUAGAAGAGGCGAUUGUAGAAGAGGCUAGUAUUAGUGAAACUAGUGGCAAAUGUGAUGCAAUGUGCCAAACCAACCUCACUUCAGACUACAUUGAGUCUCUUGAAUUUGAGUGUCAGCAACUCCGGGGUGAUACGUUUGCUCUGAAGGAGAAGCUGAAGCCCUCAGAUCUGGAACAGAGCACUUUUGAAAACAGUGACAAACUUAAAACCUUUACAGGACUGCCCAACUAUAAAGUGUUUAUGGCAAUGAUUGAUCUGGUAACUCCAUUACUUAAGGAUACAGCAAACAUCACCAUCUUCCACCCGCUACUGUUGACAUUAAUGAGGAUCAGGCUUAACCUUCCGAUUGCUUUUUUGUCAUAUCUGUUUGGUGUUCAUAUGUCUACAAUUUCAAGAGUGUUUACAAAUGUCAUUAAUAUACUAAAUGACAACUUAGUACCUGUGUGUGUGGUAUGGCCUGACAGAAAUGAUGUCCAAACAUCUCUGCCAAUGUCUUUCAGAAAGUCUUUCAAGCAUUGCAUGUCAGUAAUAGACUGUUUUGAAAUUACCAUUGACAGACCUAAAGAUUUGAAGGCAAGGGCCCAGACAUACUCUCAGUAUAAAUCGCACAACACCAUAAAAUACCUAAUAGGUAUAACUCCACAAGGGAUAAUCUCCUUCAUCUCCAAGGGCUGGGGUGGGCGGUCAACUGAUGCUCACAUUACAGCAAACAGUGGGUUUUUGGAUAAUCUCCUACCAGGAGACUUGAUCCUAGCAGACUGUGGCUUUAGGAUUCAGGAACAAGUUGGCUUGUACUGUGCAAGGGUUGAAACUCCUGCCUUUACACGGGGGAAAAAACAGCUGGGCGCUGUUGAACUGGAAGAUUCCAGAAAACUUGCAGCAGUCCGCAUACAUGUUGAGAGGGUAAUUGGUCAAGCACGAUCCAAGUACAGGAUGUUGCAUGGACCUGUGCCCAUUAGUCUUCUGAUUAAGUCAUCAGAAGAAGAAGAGUUCACCUCUCUUGACAAAAUAGUCAGAGUGGCUUGUGCCCUGACGAAUCUGUGCCCCUCAGUGGUGCCAAUUGAUUAGCUAAAAAAAACUGUUAUUCUUUAACAGAGAAGUUUCAAA